UGUGUACGUGCGUUUUGUGCUGUAUUCAAAUCAUUAACUGGUGUCUGCUGCUCUGAUUUGGGUCUAAGCAGUUCGACUGUUCUCUCAUCUUGAGCAUGGAAAGGGCCGUAAUGAGCUCGAAAGUUCCCCAUGAACCAAAUGUAUUCGCAUCUUGGGGUAAAGCCUGCCAGACUCUGCCUCACACUUGAAUAAAAUAUUGUCUGGAUCCUCACCUAGUCAUCCGGAGCCAAAUUGGUCUCCUUGACCGGAUGCACAGCAGUGCGUCCGGUCAAGGAAUAAGACAGCACGAUCCGCAACGAGGUGGAUUGUGGAUCGUGCAAUUCAUAUCAUGGGACUCGUACGAGUUCUCCCGGAAAACUUCUUACUGACCAGUAUGACUCUUUUCCAUUCUUCGUUAUAUAUAGUGUGUGAGACAAUAAGUAGAUUGGGUCGAUGCUUCAUCUGGAAGUUUACCGCCGGGCGGAUGCAUAUGCGGCCAUGGCUCGAGGGGUCUAAAAAAUUAGAAAAAAUCGCCUGCUGUUUCCUUCGCAUGAAUCAAAUUGGGUUCACGCCGGACGCAGGUCAGACUAGUUGAUUGUCUUCGCAUCUGCAGGUGCCUCCGGCGAGUGUCUGUACGUUCUCCAUGUUUCACAAAGAUGGAGUAUUGUAGGGGCACGAGGAUUACAAAAAUCAGCGCCUCCAUGCUUUCAGAUCUGGAUGGUACAGACUCUGGGGCCCGAUCUUAAAGCUUCGACUACGGCGAUGGCCUUGAUGGAGGCCUCAGCUGUGGAACACAGUCUUGUUUCUGUCCAACGCCAGAGAAGGCUGCCAACAAGAAAGGCGACUCAAAUUUGACGCAUGUCGUCGAGUCGUCUGACAUCGACAGGACCAAGACGUCGCUGCUUGCCGCGUGCCCUCGCCUUACCCAAGGUAUCAUCGAGAAUUUCACGCCUCCAUAUCGCUCGACGAGGUGAAGUGAGUGUUUCUGAAGCCUGUGUUGAUUUCACCCUGGGACAUUUCUGGAUGUUCAUUUGAAGGAUUGUGUCCUAUAGAAGCAAAUUCCAGACAGAAUGGGACACGAAAUUAAUCGUGCAGGUGCGAAUGAGACCGCUGGACUGCAUGAGGCAGCAGCCAAGGGGAACGAAGAUGAAGUGUUAAAAAUUCUUGCAGUGGGUAAACAGAAGAUCGACGUGGCCACAUCCGACGGACACACGGCCUUGCAUCUCGCCGCUUAUGGGGGCUAUGAAACCAUCGUCACAUCCUUGCUUCACUGGUAUAGAGAAAAUCCUACUGCUGAUGUUAAUGCCCGAGAUGAAGUGCUGCGCAGAACACCUUUGCACUAUGCAGUAGGAGGAGGGCACCAGAGGGUCGUCGAGGAACUGAUUAGAUUUCCCGGUAUCGACAUUUGCCCAGAAGACUCUGUUCAGAACCUCACUCCUUUGCUCAUGGAGGUAAUGAAGCCCAAAGGAGUUUGCAAAUUGGCCAUGGUCAGGACACUAAUUGAUGCGUGCCCUGAACAAAUCAACCGCGCAGUUGGUCCUGACGAAAAGCUCAUCGACAUCCUGACGUGGCGGAAACAUUGCCCUAUUGAAUUGUUCCCGAGCGACCAUGUUUUACUGAAAGUCUCCGGCGCUCGUUUCUUCAGACGAGAGCUCGUUUCUUCCGAGCAGGAGGAUCGGAAGUCCGGGAAGUACCGGAAGAUAGAGGAAUUAAGGAGAAGGACUGACGGAAGCUUAUCAAAGGGAGAGUGGGAAGAAAAGAACACCUUGGAAAGACAGGAGUUGCAGGAAACGUCAAUGAUACAAGAUACAGAAAAGCAAUACCUUUUUACUAGUACAAUGUUCUCGGAUCGUAAAACAGAUUCCAAAGAGGACAGAGUGAUAGACCACUACCUGACGUACAACUGCUCGAUGGAAGGGCACACGAUUUUCCACCUGGCUGCCGCACAAGACAACGCAGAGGUCCUCUCGCACCUCCUCAAUUGCCCGAAAGCAAAUGUGAACAUCCUCACAGCCGAUGGCAGCGGAAUGACGCCUCUGCACUGCGCCAUCAGAGUGGAAUCCAUGGAGACAUUCGACAUCCUCGUGUCCCACCCAGAAGUGGACGUGAACGCCGUCCUGAAAUCGACAGUCGACCUCGCGCGGCCGCUAUGGUCGGAACAGACAUCGACAGUCGACCGCGCGCGGCCGCAAUGGACGGAACUGACAUCGACGGGCGACCUCGCGCGGCCGCAAUGGACGGAACUGACAUUGCACUCCUGGUGGACCCGGGAGAAAUCCAAAAGGUUUCGAUUCUACGAGGCGACCUGUGUGUCCGACACCCCUCUCCACCUCGCAGUUCGCUGCUGCAGCUCCUUGACAUUACGUACAAUGGUCAUGAAGUUCUGCAACCAUCGCCAGUUCCAACCUAGCAUCUACAACGAUUCCGUCGUACUCCCGCUAGAUCUGGCUUGGCUCCGAUCCUCAUGCAGCUUGCAAUUCGGAAACAGCUCGAUCCAAUUACAAUUGGUACUCGACAUGCUCGAACGCCAGCCGGGGAACGAGCCUCUGAUGAACGAGGUCAACAGCAUGAAGCAUGGGGCCCAGAACUCCGCCAACGCUGUGCUGGUCGCGGCCGCGCUGCUUGGAGGGGUAACAUUCAAUGCUCUGCUGCAACCGCCAUUCGGUAACGAAUUCCCGUACAAUGCCCGGGCCGUGCGCUUCUUCUGGACCUACGAUUGCAUGUCCUUCUACUUCUCGAUGUACACGAUCCUGUCCUGCCUGGGCACGACCAUCACCACGCAGCAGAACACGCAGCGCAUCACGGGCGGCAGCCUCAACACCACGUCCACGCAGCGCAUCACGGGCGGCAGCCUUUACACCACGUCCACGUCUCUGCGCGUCUUCUUCGCCCACGAGCAGGCCCAGCUCGUCGUCCCCCUCAUCUUCUGUGUCGUGACCGGAGUGGGAGCCUUCGUCGGGGCGGGCUAUGGCAACCUGCCUCCGGACACUCAGACCCUCAUGACGGUCUGCACGAUUUUGGGUAGUCUUCUCGUUUUCACCCAGGCCUUUCGCCGCAUCUUCUACACGUUCAAGCUGUACCGCGACGUCAAAGUUGGGGUCAAGAAUCGGUUCGAUCAUCUGUGGUAUCUGGUUAAGGGGGUGUUUAUCGAGGCUCCGCGGAGACUUAUUUGUAUGCCGUGCAAUAACCGAGGGAUUAGCCAUGAUAUUCCUCUAGAUCAGAAAGACUUUUCCAGUGAGAUGAAGUCGUUGAAUCUGGUUAUCCACGUGUGGGCUAUUGUGGGCGUGACAAUCUACGCAUCUGUUUCGUGACGAAGGCCGGCCAGUUCUGGUCCAUUCGCCGCAACUUCAUCAAUCUCUGUGUUGCAGCAGGAACCGAAUUCCGAAAGCAU